ACAAAGUAGGAAAAAGGAAAUUAUUGGCUGGGAUGAGAAACAAGGAACUGUUCAGUACAAGGAUGUUAAAACUUACGUAUUCCAGCCAGAUCUAUCUGUUGGGACCCAGGAGGAAAUGGUGUAUGUGGUGAAUGCACCAUUAUUGGGAAUUGCCAAAAUAGCAACGGAGAAAAUUUCAAGAAUUAUUCAACCACUUUUCAUGCCAAUUCUUAGUUCCUUGCUAAAGCAUUACAAGGAAGAGUUGAUUGUGAAACGAAUGGUUCGACAAAUUCUUUUUGACGGAUACGAAGUUCGACUACUGAAGGAUUUGAGCAGACUGGUACAACCCUUCGUCAAACUGCCUCAGUUGCUACCCAAUAACACUUUUGGUCUGUUCUAUGGAAAAAAUGACACAACAAGUGGAAUUUUUUCAGUUUUUACUGGAAUAGGUGACUCAAGUAAAUUCACAAUUGUUAACACAUGGAAAAAUAAACA